UGUAAAGGUAUCACAUGUCACCAUGGGGCUGUGCAGCUUACAGUAGGGAAGUAAAGGCACUUCCUCCUUCGUUCCUAUCGCACUGGUUGCAGACAAACCAGUCAGUUUAAAAGGAAGAAGCCGGAUAAUCGUGGCAAUGUGGAUCUCGAAAGCUUUGAAGUGACUGUUUCAACUGACUUUUCGGCGUUUCUUUCUAGGGCCAAUGACACCGAGUUUAAUCAGGAAAAGGCAUCCAGCUGUGGUGCGUUAAAGUGAUCCGAGCGCAGACCUUUCUGCCACAAUGGCUGCGACGUAGCGCAACUUUUGGAUCAGCGCUAGAUGAUCGACAGCAGUGACUUUUACACACGAGCAGGAGACACAGAGGAGGAGAAACAUGAAGAAACAGUUUAAUCGCAUGAGGCAACUCGCCAACCAGACUGUGGGAAGGGCUGAGAAAACUGAGGUGCUGAGUGAUGACCUCCUACAUAUCGAAAGGCGGUUGGAGCUGGUGCGCUUGGUGUCGCACAACACACACAAGAGGCUGGUGUCAUGUCUGCAGGGUCAGCUGGGCACGGACACAGAGAAGAGACAGAAAAAGUUGCCCCUGACAACGCUGUCCCAGGCCAUGCAGGAGGGAGGCAGUCAGCUUGGAGACGACGGUCUGAUUGGCAAGAUGAUGGAUGUGUGUGGAGAGGCUGAGAGCAGGUUAGCGACUGAGCUGAUGCAGCAUGAAGUUCAGAUCGAGAAAGACAUCCUGGAUCCUCUCAACCAGCUGGCUGAGGUCGAGAUUCCAAAUAUACUAAAACAGAGGAAACAACUUGCCAAGCUGGUUCUGGAUUAUGACUCUGCCAAGACGAGGUGGUACCAGGCAACAAAGUCUAACAACCAGGCUAUGGCAGCUAAAGCCGAUUCUCUCAAAGACGAGAUGGACGAGGCUCUCAACAAAGUAGAAAUAUGCAAGGACCAGCUCUCUGCAGACUUGUACAACUUCGCCUCCAAAGAGGGAGAUUACGCACGCUAUUAUGUCAUGUUAUUAGAGGCCCAGGCAGAUUACCACAGGAGGUCUCUGGCAACUCUGGAGGCAGCGAUACCGACUAUCCAAAUACAGCAAGAUUCCUGGAUGGAAAAGCCAGCGUUCGGCACGCUGCUGGAGGAGCACCUGAAGAGGAGCAGCCGUGAGAUCGCUCUGCCCCUCGAGGCCUGCGUCAUGAUGCUUCUGGAGACCGGCAUGAAGGAGGAGGGUCUCUUUAGAAUAGCUGCCGGGGCGUCAAAACUGAAGAAGCUAAAAGCGGCGCUGGACUGCUCCACCUCGCAGCUCGAGGAGUUCUACUCCGAUCCCCACGCUGUCGCCGGAGCCCUGAAGUCCUACCUCAGGGAACUUCCUGAACCUCUAAUGACUUUUGGCCUGUACGAUGAGUGGACACAGGCCUCAAAUGUGUCUGACUCAGACAAGAGACUUCAGGCUCUGUGGGUGGCAUGUGACCAUUUGCCAAAGACUCACAAGGCAAACCUCAGGUAUCUGGUGAAGUUUCUGGCUAAACUGGCUCAGGACAGUGAUGUUAAUAAGAUGACUCCCAGCAACAUCGCCAUUGUCCUUGGGCCCAACCUGCUCUGGGCAAAGAUGGAGGGGUCGCUGGCAGAGAUGGCAGCAGCAACAUCUAUCCACGCGGUCGCCAUCAUCGAGCCCAUUAUUCAGCAUGCUGAUUGGUUCUUCCCUGAAGAGGUGGACUUCAACGUGUCGGGCAUGUUCGCCUUGCCAACCCACCCACCCACCCCAGACCCUGAGCCCGCCCUGGAUAGGAAACGUCCCGGCAGCCUGCAGGGGCAGGAAGGGGAGAGUCACACCCCCCGAAAAGACAGCACUGUUAACAAACAGCCGGAGCCCACUCCACGUAGAGCCGGCACUGUAAUUAGAAAGCAGCCACAGCUAACCUCACCCACCUUCCACCCCCCACUGCCUCCUCUGGAAGCCGGGGGUCCUGCCCAGCCUGAGCCCCCGCCCCAUCUCCUGUCCUCGGCUGCAGAGGCUGAGCAGCCCCGCCUGAGUGGUGCUAGUAGUAGUGGUGGUGGUGUUGGUGGUGGGCUCCAGGUAGCUACAGUGCAACCUCAGGUUGUAGCCCAGCUCAGCGCAGAGGAAAGCAGCCCAGCCCGUGAGCUCAUGUCCACCCCCCCUCCCCAGUGGAAUGGUUCGGUCCAUCUCUCAGUAGGCACCCCUCAUUCCCAGGGUGGAUCCAGGGGGCCUAGUCCGCACAUGGUUCGAAGAGGCACCAAGAAGCAGGCCCCCGCCCCACCAAAACAAUUCAGCCCCUUCCUCUCCCAGCCUAGCAACACACAGACAUCCAGCUCCACUCAUCAUCCACCCAUCACCCCCAGACGCCACACCGUCAAAGAAAGCCCUAUCCACGCCCCGAGCCACCCGCCCCCCCAGCCUCCUCCAGCCCAGCAGGCACAGGGGGAGUCGGAGCCCUCUCCCCCCAGGACUCCCACCCCCCCUGACAGUCCACAUCAUGAAGGGCCGCACUCCAACCAGCAUUCCUUCCACCACUCUGGGUCCCUCCCUCGCCCCUCCAGGCCGGCACCCAAGCCACGCCCCCGACCCAACAUGCCACCACCCCCACAACCUGACGCGAAUGGCAUCUUUGGCUCCGCCUCCAAGGUCAUAACAGAUGUCUGAGCUGCUGGUCAGAUGAGCUUUGCAAGGCAGGUAAUGACGGGAACUUUUUCCUAAAGGGGAUUGGACGAGCCUUCAUCCCUGAGGUGAUUGCGGACCAACCAGGGGAGAGCUCUGCUGGUCAAGAGCCCGCCCCCACCCCAGCGCCGCAACCAGACCCUCAGUUCCAGACAGAGUACACAGCUCUGUGAAGAUAAAGAGGGAUCGCUGUCAUCCAAAUUAUCUCUCACUCAGCUGGUCCGUGUAAAAUAUGUUAAUGUUUAGAAUAAAAUAUCAGAAAGGUAACUGAACUCAUUGGUUACCCCAGCUCCACUCGUGUAAAAACAGCUGCCUUUUCUUCUGUUUUGCUCAAACCAGAACCACAAAACGCCUGUUCAGCUAGUACACUGCAUUUCAAGCACUCCUUUCGUUUAAACUGCUGGGUAUUCUAAGAUUGGACUGCUGAGCAAUAGCAUCAAGCCUCAAUUUAUACUUAUAAAUAUAAACGCAUACUGUAGCAGCUAAACUGAAAGGGUGCUAAGCUUUCUCUUCACUCUUUUAUUACAACUUAAAGUUGAGAACCUCACUCUAGCACAACAUACAGUAGUCAAGAAUAUUUUUUUUUAUUCAGCAUAGUUGUGGGGAGAGAUUGUAGUGUGAGCCAGUCAUUGCCAGUGAUCUAUUUAUCAGUUUCCAAUUUGUCAAGCUCCAGAGGCUUUUUAAUAAUGUUCACACACCUCAGGUCUCCAUUAAACAUACCAGUGUAAAGAACCAAAUAAAUAAAUAUGGGCCAAUGAAAAUGUAGAGCUGCCCAGCCUCUGUUUAUGGUUGUUAAUGACCAAAUGUGUUGUGCAAUAUAAAAACAAAUUGUCUUGCAAUGGUAUCCUCUCCACAGCAAAUAUGCUGUCAUUUUUGUAAUUGUAAUAAUCCAGUGGGGUAGGAUUUUACUUUUUGUUUUCUAUCUGAAUAUAACUCGAUUCCAAAUGACCAGAUUGACUAAGUUUAAAAUGGGUUUAAAGCUCAAUGAGUAUAUUUUUAUCAUUAAAAGGGAUUUUUUUUUAACAGAUUGAUGUGAUACAUGUUUUCAAUACAUAGCUUGUAACUGAUCACUCCAACUUACGCUCAAAGCUAAGACCAAAUACAGCCAAUUAUUUCUUUGUGUAUAAUUAUCACCAUGGCUGACAAUCUUACCUUGAUGGGGUGAUUUUCAGCUCUUUGAUUAUACUUUUUUACUUCUUCUAAGCAUUUUAAUGAUGGCUUUUCUGCACAUAAUGCAUCCUGCAAUGCAUCAUUACUCUUUAUAAUUAAAGGUGUUCAACAUUUUAAA